AUGCAGCCGAACCGAGAAAGCGCGAAAAGUUUUGAAGAGAUCCCUCGCGUUACCGGUCUGCCCUUCGUCGGAACUUUGUUCUGGUACCUACCGUACAUUGGUGUCUACAACCCCUUCAAAUUGCAUAUCGCCAACGAGCGGAAACUACAGAACUACGGACCAAUCGUCAGAGAAACCAUUAUGGGACGGACGUAUGUGCUCGUUUACGACCCGGAGGAUAUCGCUCGAGUUUUCAAAAGUGAAUCCAAGUAUCCGUACCGGGAAACCCUUCUGUCCCUGAAGGAAUAUCGUGUCCGCAAACAUUCGACAACGUGUGAUCCGAACGCUGGGUUGAUUGUCACGCAAGGCCAAAAUUGGCUGAACUGUCGCUCGGUCCUCAACGCUCCGCUCCUGAAAUCUGUGUUCAUUUCUCCUCAUGUGAACACCAUGGACGAUUUGGCGCUGGGAGUUGUGAAAUUAUUAGAAGCUCAUCCUGAAGAGGACGACGUUCAUGAAACGAUGUACCUAUGGGCUCUCGAGAAUGCUACACGGAUCCUCCUCGGCAAACAGCUGGGCGCCCUCGAAUCAUCACCGUCGCGAGAAUGCCAAGAGACGGUUGCGGCUAUCCGCAGCGCCAGUCACGCUGUUGGAAGGCUAGAGUUUCCCUAUCCUCCUCUGUGGCGUUGGAUCGCGACUCACAACUGGAAUGAGUUCGAACGAAACGAGGAUCUGUUCAGAGAUUUCAUCGUUGACUGCGUUGAGGAACGUCUCUCGAGGCCAGAAAAUACACCAUCGUCUUGCGAUCUGCUUUCGCACAUCAUCCGGGAGGAACAGAUGAAACCGGCGGAGUUAAUUACCUCGCUAACGGACCUUGUGUUCGCGGCCGUGGAUACCACUGCGUUCGCGGCGAGUUUCGCCAUGCAUUUCCUCGCAUUGAACCCCAGAGUGCAGGAGAAAGCCCGUCAGGAGGCUGUCGAAUUCGAACACCUGGAUCUACACCAGUGCAAGCGGCUCUCCUAUUUGCAAGCAGUGAUUAAAGAAACGCUCCGUUUGCGUCCAGUAGUUCCUGGAGUUUUCAGGAUAAGCAGUCGCGACCUGACAUUGAGUGGCUUCAAGGUUCCAGCCGGGACAAAAAUCUUCACUCAGAACCACGUCGCAUGCUUGUCGGAGACUAACUUCCCACGAGCGAGGGAGUUCCUGCCCGAAAGGUGGGCGAUGCCCACAUCUCCCUCGGCGGAAUUCGCUUCACUCCCGUUCGGAUCCGGAAAAAGAGCGUGCAUCGGCCGUCGCUUAGCUGAAACGACCUUACUGGUGUUCCUGGUCAGGCUGCUGCAGACCCACGUUCUGGACACCGAUGACAAAGAAAUCGAUAUCGUCACCAGUGUGGUCAGCUCACCGGAAAAUCCGAUCCGUAUCAAAUUCAGACCGCUCCAAUGA